AUGAACAACGCUUUAAUUGACAAUAUCAAGAGUAUCCCGCCCGUGACACGGUUCUUCACCAUCUCGACCAUACUAGCAUGUCUCGGUGUCACGAGUUUUGCCGCGUUCCCCAACCUAUAUAUCAACUUUGGAGCCGUGGCGCUGGAGUUUGCAGCUUUGCGCUAUCUUUGGCAAAAGGGCCUGACGCUUCAGAUUGCCAAGGCGGCCUCGGUGGUGGUGAUUAGGUGGUAUCGGUUUGUCACUUCUUUUUUGAUCCCUUCUGGGAUCAUGUCGCCCAAUAGAAUCAAUGCGUUGUUUGACACCUAUUUCUUUUACGAGUUUUCUAACCAUUUGGAGGCACCAGAGGGCAAGUUCAAGGGCAAUUUUCCCGACUACUUGUGGUUUAUCGUGUUGUGUGGGACAUUCAUUCAGAUCACCAACUUGUCGUUGGACUUUAUAUCUGGCGAUUAUUCAGGAGCCACCUAUUUCCCUCAUGAGAAUUUACUAGCUUGUUUGACUUAUGUGUGGUCGCGAAGCUUGAAGAAUGCCAAGAUCAACUUAUUGGGUCUUGUGCCCAUCAAGGCCUACUAUUUGCCCUUGGGGAACCUCAUUGUGAAGUUGAUCCUUGGUGGACCCGUGGCGUUGAUUGAUACCUUGGUGGGGAUCCUUAGCGGGUAUCUCUACUUGUGCAUCCAGUCAAACACGAUGCCCUUUUACAAUUUGUUGCCGGGAGCAUAUGGAAUCACCAAAAAGAGAAGCGACGAGGGACGAAGAGUAGGGAUGACCCAUGUCGAUCAACAAUCUGGUGCCAAGUUUGAUUACAUUGAAGAUAGCAUCUACGACAAGGGCUAUUUGAAAGCGCCAAAGAUGAUCUACAACUUGUUGUCGUACCCUACAAACACAUCGGUCAGAACCACUGCCUUUACUGUACCCACGGGAGCAGGCGGGCUGGUGACUCCGCUUAGGAGAACACAGCCGCACCUGAAAGAAUUCAACGGAAGUAGCACCAGCAGUGGUGGUGCUGCUAGUGGCGCUGCUAGUGCUACUAGCAGCGGAUACUCUUGGUUUGGCUCUAGCGAAAACGUCUUCAAAGGCAAAGGCCAUAGAUUAGGAGAUUAA